AAAGUUUUCAACCGUCAGUAUUAAAUUUAAAAAAUCUGCAGUUUCUAAAGUUAUUUAAAAUUUAAUUUUAAAAAUAUUUAAAAUUACAAUUUUCAAAAUGAAAUAUUUUAUUUUCAUUUUUUUUGUUUGUGCCAUUCAAUUUGCAUUAGGAAAAAAUCAAUAUAAAACAGACGAUAAUGAAGAUAUAAGAAUAAUACAGCUCAAUGUUAAUGAAUCAGUUUCCGAAUUUGAGACAUUUUUUUUUAAUGAUAUACUAGGAAAUUUUAAAAAAAUUAAUGGAAACACAAAUGUAUCUAUUGACAAACUAAUUGAAGACAUAAAUAGAAUUUCGCUAGAAAAAAAGGUAGAAGAAGUAAAUGAAACUAUUUGUUAUAAAACUGCAAAAGAAAAUUUUGAAGACCUUCAAAAAAACUCAACGAAUAAUAUUAUUCAAAUUCGAAAUGAUAAAUUAAUCUUUCCAUUUUUUCCAUUUUAUAAAUUUAAAUACAUAAUUGAUCAGAUGGCUAUAGAUCUUGUUCAAAAUUUAAAUGGAAUUUUGGAUUCCUGUGAUAGAUUUGAGGAUAAAACAAAAUGCAUUUUAAAUAGUAAAAAAGGAAGUCUAAUACUUGUUGUGAAUCUUCAAAGAUCUAUUACUCAAAUAAAAAAAAUAAUAAAUGAUUUUUCACGCUCUCUACUGCCUGAUGCUCAAAUGGAAAUUUCUCAAGAAAUUCGCAUAAUGGAAAAUAAAUAUAAAUUAAUUAUUAAAGAAUUUCAAGAUUGCUUUUUAAAAUUGAAAUAGUUUUUUUGUUUUACAAUUCAUUAGUCGAAAUAGUAUUUACUUUUUUGUAAAUAAAGGUUAUUGAAUAAUAAUAAAAAAUUGUUUGACAAAA